UCGUGAUGUCAGCCGUGACUCUGGACUGUAGAGCCACGAAGAUCAGAGACUACAGGUCCGGGUCUUUCACAGGGAGAGGUGACGCCCUGAAACAAGGCGGGGGUGAUUCAGAGACCGGGAAGACAGACGGGUUGGAGCUGAGUGCAGGGUGGUCUGUUAAAGAGGCAUCUGUAAACACUGCUACUCAUCCAGCACAGUCUGAGCCAAGUCCCUCAGCCAACAGCAUACCACAGCCGGGUAUUUCCAAAGAUGGAAAUGAGCUGGGUUUACCUGAGGAGGAUGUUCCUGCUGCAGAUUUAACAGAAUACAACAUGUCCAUGGGACGCAGCGACAGUACAGAUCUGCAGAGCUUUAACGCAGAGCCUGAAUACUCGGUUUGCCAAAGACCUGAGGAUGGAGAUGAAGCCCCAGGACAUCAGCUGGUGCUGAUGCUGGCUCAUAAUCAGAGCCAGGCUCAAACGGAGGGCGAUAGAUCUGUGAUACCUGGUCCCAGCCCGGCGUGUGCGCAAACACUUCCCCGUCUGGAGGGACUCAAGAAAGAGGAGCAAAGUAAAGUACAUGAGACGGCGUGUGCAGUGAAGGAUUCUGCACAAACCAGGAUGAUCCUUCAAGGUUCAUCAGUGGCCUUCACAGACCAACCACAUUACUGCAUAUCCUCUGGAGAACUGGCUUUCGCAUCACCGCCGAGUCAGCCUCCACGCGUGACCUCUGAUCCCUCACAAGGGUUUAGCCAAGUCCAACCAAGUCCACGAUCACCGGCUCAGAACGCAGAAUCAAAUCCUGCAAGACCGCCUCCAUCGCCGCAGAGUUCAGCCGUAUCUGCUGCACAGAGUAAAGUGGCUCCGUCUCACACCAGGGAUGUUAGGAAUCCAUCUCAGUAUGAACUCAGGGAACCAGACCACCAGAGCUCAAGAAACCCCAGUCCCUACUCAGGUGGACGCCUGUCCUCCAGAUCCUCCUCUGAAACAUCCAGACAGGAGGAGGGAUCAAACUUUGCCUUUUCCAACCAUGACCAGGACAAAAACCAAACCGCAGCCAGCCUCAGACGCUCCUCCCCUUCCCCUGACAGAGCUCGUCCACCCUCCUCGCCAUUCAAGGCCGUUCCAGAGUCUUCCCCCAUCCCUCUCUCUCAUGAAGAUAACUCCCUGGACUCUCGCUCCAGGGCUCUUCCCUGCUUCUUGCCAACUCUCUCUUCAGGGAUAGGCUCCCAGAUUCAGGAUUCUCAGUCUUCCUCUUCUUGUAGGUCUUCAUCCGUAAGAGCAGGUCCUCCAUCCUCCCCGUCUCCUCUCCGCUCUCCUGCAUGCUCCUCCCCAAUCACUUCCUCCUCCGCUUUCAACAGGUCUUUAGCGGCGUCCUGCAUCAGUCAGUCCAUCAGUCAGAGUUUAGCGAGAAAGAACAGCACCCUGCCACAAGCCCAAACCAGCAGGGCCAACCAAAACCCCUCUCCUCAUGUACGACAGCGCUCUCCUUCCCCUAAACUCCCUCCCUGUCAGCAAGGCUCCAAAGAUGGGUACCACCAUCCAAAGAGUCCGCCAUCCUCUCCCUGGUCCACCUGCCCUUCUCCACCUCCUCCCUCUCUUUCCCAACGCCCCCCUUCCCCGUCUACGGGUCAACUUCAUCGUCAACCUUCCUCCCCUUCCCCUCGCUCCUCGUUCCUGCACGCCAAAACGGACUCAGCAAAGAACGCAAACAACAACAACAACUUCAGCUCAGGGGGCGUCACCGCAGGAAGAAGCAACGUAAGCAACGCCGGCAGCUGCAGAGUGAGCCGUACGGUCAGCAGUGCGGGUUGUUCGGCGAGUUCGCAGAAGGCGCCGGUAGCGAAUGGCGGCACCAACGCCGCGUUUAUGCAACAAUCCCAUGAUCCUCUCUGGUUGGGAUCCCACAACCGUGUGGCUCGGCCUUUUUCUGCGUCUGAACCCAACUCAAGAGUUCAGUCCCCGUCCCCGUCUCCCUCCCCGACCACUCCCUCGUUCACUCGCCUCUGCUCCCCUCCUCCUCCUCCUCAGCACAACUACUCCUCCCCCAUGGCACAGAAACCUCCUCACCCCCGGAGCACACGAGUCGGAGACGGGAACCCCCAUAACCCACUUGGUCUCACUUUGGAGCUCUCCAGGGCGGCGUCUUCAAGUUCAGCGUUUGGGCAGUCCCCCUCGUGUCUGAGCCCUCGGAUCCUGUCCCCUCCUCCGAUUGGCGUGUCGGUGAAUGUUUGGACGAAUAAUGUCGCAGCACCUCAACCCAGACACCCUCGACACGCCCUCUCCUCUCCCUCGCCGUCCAAUUCUUCCUCUCUAGGCUCACCAACACAGGAGAACGCCUUUUACCCCACUUCCUCCUCUCCUAUGGUGUCGCUGCGUAGUCCCAGAGCCUCCAGCCCCCAAACAGCCUCUCAAACCCUACGCAGGUCUUUCUCCUCCAGCCUGGCAGAUCGGCCCCCAAGCCCAGCCAGGAGCACCUCCAGUGGAGCGCGCCGCUCUUGGGCAGACAGCAGUCACAGGUCCCUUGGUUUUGCUGGGAGUGGCCGGGGGUCCUUUGACCAGCAUGAGUCCUGUCCAACCAGUCCGAGGAGUGGAUGGUCCUCCUACAGCAACUCACCGUCCUGCCUGAGCCCUCGCGCUGGGCUUCAAUCCCCGCUCUCACCCAGCAGGCUCACCCCGGGGAAGGGCGCCCUCGGGGGUCAGCAUUUCACCAGUGUGCCUUGGCCGGAUGUUCGAGAGCUUUCAUACAAAUAUAACGGAUCUGAGAGCCUCGAUGGAAGCCCCUCCUCGCUGUCUCAAACGCUCCUCUCCUCUCCAGCAGACGGGCACGCAGCUUGGGGCGACCUUGAGCUAGAAGAGGGUCACUGUCGCAGCCAGCUGAUCUGCGCUUACGUUGCCCGGCCUGCCUGUGAAGAAAACCUCUCCUCCUCCGGCAUGACGUCCCCUCCACCUGUCUCCUACCCCCACCACAACUACCAAUCCCCGGUGAAGACACAGCCUCAGGUCCAGAUCGACAUCACAACAACAACCCCAGCACCUUCAGUCUCUUCCCCGCUGGCCUCAACAAGUGCAUCCCCGAUCCCCUUUGCACAUUCGCACCCCUCCAAACAGGGGAACCAGAAGACCAGCUACGCCACGACAGUCAAUCUCCAGAUCGCAGGAAGUGGAAGAAUAACUUCCUUCAGCACUGCCCAAGUUAGCCUGACCCAAACCCUGCAGGGGGGCGCCGGAGCUGCGGGACAGGGUCCGGUGACGAGGAGAGUCAGCAUCAACGGACUUUCGCACAUCCCUUCCCCGAUUCAUCAGAGCUGUGACAGACUAUGAGAGACGGGAGACUAUCCUCGCAUGGCAUUAAAAGACAAGAAGGGGAAGAGAGACUGAGGGUGAGGGAAAAGGCGUCAGUGAGGAUGAUCGUGCAACAUCGUGAACGAAAGAACUUCCUCGUACGUUGAAGCACGGGGCACUUGGAAUCGCGCACACCUGAGGGACACGAUGAAUGUCGUCGACUGUAUUUGAGGAUGUCUAGGAUGUCUCCUUAAAGAUGUUACGUAAGUUGAGCCUUGGUGGCUUCUGGGAAAGCUCUGCACCCAAAGAUUCAACAAACGACCUUCCAGUGAUGGAGCGUCGACCUGCACCAAGCUCUUCUGGAACCGUUUAAAGGAACGUUGUGGAGUGAAGAAUGGUUUCCCUCCCUUCUGUUGGUGCUCUGGACCACGUCUUCGAGGGAACGUUUCACUUCAGGCGUGUUUUUAAAACCAUCACAGUAACAAAAUGUAUUUCUACUUUAUUCUCACUCGUCAUUUUUCUUAUAAUCUGUUAAACAUACGUUGAUGUCUGGCCGUUCAGGCCGGUGUUUAAAUCCUGGUUAUUAAUAUUCUGUUUUUUUAACCAUCUUAUUAUUUUAUUGUUUAUUUAUGAUGUUAGUUAUAUUCUCUGUGGCACUUAUUAUCCUUAAAGUAAUGUUGGUAUUUUGCACAGUGUCCUCAGCUCUUGAGUGCAUGCAUUGAAUGUUUGUUUGUGCGCGUGUGUGUGUGUGUGUGUGUGUGUGUGUUUGUCUAAAAUGACGUGUCUUGUCAAGUUUUCAUUUGACUUCAGACCAAGCAAAUAUCUGUGUGGUUUUUUUAACGCUGAGUUUGUCCCCAUAUAAGUGUUCCCAUUGGGCCUCAUUCACUGAUACACGCGUAGAAAUGUUCUUACUCUGCAAAUAGAAGAAGUGCGUACGCAAAAUCAACGUCGGAUUCAUGACACGUGCGUACCAGACAGUUUGGUUCUCACCGCCGUGCGUAUAUUAGUCAAGUCAAACUUUAUUUAUAGAGCACAUUUUAACAACCUCAGUUGACCAAAGUGCUGUACAGAUAUUAAAAUACAAUAUAAUC